AUUGCAUCUCGGGAGCUGGAGUUUCACGUGUCGCGAAGUUGCUGCGUGUACUGACCGAGUGGACUACAAUCGCCAGAACCCCGUGCGCGCACCAUCCAGUCAGGUUCGAUGAUUUAUGGUCACUGGUCAGGGACACUGAGGGGGGCGUUCUGUUUACAACAUUUCGUCUCCUACUUGUCAUCGUCAAGAUGUGAUAUCCUUCACUUUUCUCUGCUCUCAUAAUGGCUUCUUUGACUUUCAUUGGCACAACUUUGGUCCCCAUGUUGAUAAACAGCAAUACAAGUUUCCAAAGGCGAUGGAAAGUAGAUGUGGAAUAAGAGGUUACAAAUGGUGUGGGCGUUUAUCAUGAAUCGAAUGAGCUCACAGAGCAGUUUUCCCCAGAGGCGGCGCAUGGUCCUCGGAAUAAUUAUUCUGUUGAUUGUUGAUGUCAUCUGGGUUGCAUCAUCUGAGCUUACUUCAUAUAUCUUUAAAAAGUAUGAGAAACCCUUCUUUAGUACAUUUGCCAAAACCUCCAUGUUUGUACUAUACUUCAUUGGAUUUCUAGUUUGGAAGCCAUGGAGGGAGCAAUGCACCAAUGGAAAGCAUGUUGCUUUGUUUGCAGAUGCUGAAAGUUAUCUCGCAACUUGUACUACCGACACUAGUGUGAAUGAUUCCUUGAGUGAACCCCUGUACAUCCCAGUGAAAUUUCAUGAUUCCGCCAGUGAUAAAGCCAAUAAUGACAACAAUUCAGCUGUAAAAAAGACACGUGUCAGAUUCAGUAAUAUUAUGGAGGUGCGGCAACUUCCUGCUCAUCACGCAUUUGAAGCAAAGCUUUCUCGGAUGUCCUAUCCAGCAGCAAAGGAUCAUGAAGCGGCACUGAAAAAUGUUGGCAAACUGACGAUAUUACAAGUAGCAAAAAUCAGUUUUUUCUUCUGCUUUGUGUGGUUUCUGGCAAACUUUUCCUACCAGGAGGCUCUCUCUGAUACUCAGGUGGCAAUUGUUAACAUUUUGUCAUCUACUUCUGGCCUUUUCACCCUACUUCUGGCUGCAAUGUUCCCAAGCAACAGUGGAGAUAGAUUUACAUUAUCCAAAUUAUUAGCAGUCAUUUUAUGCAUUGGUGGUGUUACGCUUGUUAGUCUAUCGAGUAAUGACACAGAGGGAAAAGGCACAAUAGCAAGGUGGGACAUAACUUCAACCAUCCUAGGAGAGUGUAUUGCAUCCCAAGGCUCAUUGUGGUCAUUGACAGGAGCAGUGUUAUAUGCCAUCUAUAUUGUAAUGAUUAAAAGAAAAGUUGAUCGAGAAGACAAACUUGACAUUCCAAUGUUUUUUGGAUUUGUGGGACUAUUUAAUCUCCUGCUACUGUGGCCUGGAUUUUUCCUGCUACAUUAUACAGGAUUUGAGGCUUUUGAAUUUCCAACCAAAACCGUAUGGAUGUACAUCCUUAUUAAUGGCCUUAUAGGAACUGUUUUGUCUGAAUUUCUCUGGUUGUGGGGCUGUUUUCUAACAUCAUCGUUAAUUGGUACACUUGCACUGAGCCUCACAAUACCUCUUUCCAUGAUAGCAGACAUCUAUAUGAAAAAGAUGGAAUUUUCAUGGUUAUUAUGUGCAGGAUCCAUUCCCGUUUUUCUCUCGUUCUUCAUUGCAACGCUAUUAUGCCAGUAUAAUAACUGGGAUCCAGUAAUGGUUGGCCUUAGGCGGAUAUUUGCAUUUAUAUGCAGGAAGCAUCGGAUUCAGAGAACUCCAGAAGAUAGCGAACAGUGUGAGAGUUUAAUUCCAAUGCAUGGUGUUUCUCAAGAGGAAGGAACUAAUUGUUGUUCAUGAUGACCAGACUGAUGAGAAAUCCAUGGAGUAUUUUGUGUUCAAUCUUCUGAAGUGCUGAUAAAUCCUGCUUCUGUUGGUGCCUGUUCACAUGUCUUAGCCAUGAAGUUAAAAUCACUUGCGGCUGUGCAUACAAUUACAAGCACCAUAUGUUGGAAACAUCUGUGGAUUUUUUUUAAAAUGCGGAAAGCUUUCUUAUCACUAAAGAAUGUUGUGGAAAACUCACCUGUCAAUACAAUCUAUCUUCCUUUUUGAAUGUAUUGAACUGUCAGAUGCAACUUGGAAAAAUGAACAAUGUUUUGUGAUUUUGGGGAUAAACCCGUUUCUGAAUGAUCACUCUAUAGCUUUUUUGGGAACAUUCUUCAACAUCAAGACUAAAAAAUUGUGUCUAAAGUACAACAUGUUGAAUGAGCAAUGCUGACACUAAAAAAAAUGAGAAAAUCAUUUUGAAAGAUACUCAAUCCAGUUUUAGUAUUGUGCAUGCAUUUAUCCUAAAAAGGAAGAAAAAUCAAUGUGCUCAAAGGAAAUUGAACGAACAACUUUGAAAUACAGUUCAAAGGACAGUGUUGUUAAGAUAUUUUGAAGUAUCUGAUUAAACCGUGGAUACACUACAUAGGCUGUUCACUUUUAAAGACUGAUUCAGAUUUCUGUACUUUGAGUACUAUAAGUUUCAAAGUGAAUAUAUCUCUGAUUACUAUUAAAACUAUCUGUUAACUUGACGGAAUAAAUAAGACUUUUCCAUUAUGUUUAAUUACAGAAGUUUGUGGUUUUAAAAUGCCCAGAACCAGCAUUUCAUUGUUUAGUGGAGAUUGCAGUUGCAGCCUUCCUGUACCAAUCAAUAACAUUUUAAUGUGAUUUUAUUAUGGUGCUUUUAUGGUUACAUAUAUCUCGUGUUUGUGAUUCUCAGGAUAUCAUUUCAGUCAAAUCUGCAGUUCCUUUUUUCUACCAAAAUCAUGUAAAUGUACCAAUGUGCAGUGGGUGUUUUUAAAAGAUAAUCUCUUGAUCUCCUGAAUUUUGGUUGGAGUGUUGUUCUUAACUGCUAGAAAAUCAGGUUUAUAUAGCCUGCUUUCUUUAAGGAGUCGGUUAAAUAUACAUUUUUUAAUACAUAUUUGUACACUAGAGAAAAAUGUGAAAAUGUGGUUUUACUUCAGUAUGGAGUAAAAACUUCAGUUGUUCACUAUACAAAUUAAAUUUGAUUUUAUAAGACUAUAUUACCAACAUAAGUAAAAUAUUUCCUGGAAGUCAUCCGGCACAAAAUCUAUUGUACAAAUCUAAAAGCACAGUAUUUCCUUUUGUAUGUAGUAAAAACUAGUCUAUUGUACUGGUUUCCUGUAAAUUUCAGUGUAAUCUAAAUAUUUGAUGUGAAAUGUUUUCAAUUUGUGAACAUAUGUUAUUUAUUGUAUAGACAUUCUUAGUAAAGUUAUAGACAUAAA